AUGUGGCCGUUUGCCGGUAGCCUUACGUUCGAUCCGGCGACCGACAUUCCCAGCCUUGCUGGCAAAGUCGUGCUUGUCACAGGAGGCAACAACGGCAUCGGCAAGGAGACGGUUCUCCAGCUUGCCAAACACAAUCCAGCCAAGAUAUUCCUUGCAGCGCGGAGCGCGUCCAAAGCCAAGGAUGCCAUUGCCUCGAUCAAAUCUCAGACCUCGGAGGAUGUCGACAUCGAGCAUCUACCACUCGACCUCACCUCACUACCCUCCAUCAGGGAUGCUGCUGACCAAGUCAUCAGUCGCGCCGACCGACUGGACAUCCUCGUUUUGAAUGCAGGCAUCAUGGCCGUCCCACCGGGCAAGACAGAGAGUGGUCAAGACAUCCAGUUGGGGACCAACCACGUCGGCCAUUUCCUGCUCACCAAGCUGCUUCUCCCCCACUUACAACGAACAGCAGAGCAGCAUAACCCAGAUGUGCGCAUCCUGGCUGUCUCCUCCGAGGCGUGGAAUAUGGCCCCGAAGCUCGACACCAUUCUGUCAACGGAGAAACUGACCGAAACGGGUCCGUGGACUCGAUACGGGGCAUCCAAGGUAGCCAAUAUCAUGUUUGCCGCCGAACUUGCUCGACGCUAUCCAAAGCUCACCAGCGUCUCUCUCCAUCCAGGAGUCAUCAAAACAGAUCUGUAUCUGCCCAGCACAGGGGCAAAUGUGAUCACGAAAUACGGCCUCAUGCUGCUGGGCCCGUUGAUGUUUCAGGAUGUCAAAGCCGGCGCUUUGAAUCAGCUCUGGCUGGCAGCGGGAGCGAAAAAGGAGCAGAUUGUCAAUGGGGCUUAUUACACUCCUGUUGGCAAACUCAGGCAUAAUAAAUGGGCCACGGAUGUAGAAGCGGGGAAGCGCUUGUGGGAGUGGACGGAACAGGAGUUGAAGAAGUCAGGCUAUUGA